AUGGCGGAUGGCAGCACCUCGACCGAAGGUGCUUCUACCGGUUUCGUUUUCUACCACUAUGAGCCGUCUAUGGUAGCGGCAACUGUCUUUAUUAUCGUGUUUGGAGUUUCUGGUAUGCUGCACAUCUGGCAAAUAUGUCGACACCGAACGUGGUAUUUCAUUCCCUUCGCGAUCGGGUGCAUAUAUGAAUUAGUUGGCUACCUUGGCCGCAGCUUGUCUGCAUCAGAAGCACCGGAUUACACCCUGAGCCCUUACAUUAUCCAAUCGAUUCUCCUCCUCCUCGGCCCCGCACUAUUCGCCGCAUCAAUUUAUAUGGUUCUUGGUCGCCUGAUUGACCUUCUCGAUGCCGGAGAAUACUCUUUGAUCAAGCCCAAGUGGUUGACCAAGGUCUUUGUGCUCGGAGAUGUGCUGUCUUUCUUCGCGCAGGGUGGAGGCGGUGGCAUGUUGGCUUCUGCCAAGAGCAGCGAUACUGUGAAGCUGGGAGAAAACAUCAUUGUCGUUGGCCUCGGGAUCCAGAUCUUGUUCUUCGGUUUCUUCAUCGCCGUUACCCUCGUCUUCCACCUUCGCCACUCUCGCCGCCCGACAUCCCAGUCCCUCACAGUCCAAACCCCUUGGAAAGAUCUUCUCUAUGUUCUUUACGCAACCAGUUUCUUCAUCAUGAUCCGAUCGCUUUUUCGAGUUGCCGAAUAUGUCCAAGGCACGAAUGGCAAAUUGCAGGCAAAGGAGAAGUACAUUUACAUCUUUGAUGCGACAUUGAUGGGUAUCACGUCCAUGGCAUUCAACUGGUUUCGCCCGAGCCGUGUUCUCAACAACCAGGCUACUGGCUUGAAGCAAGUUUCGAGCUCGGAGGUGCUCAACGAGGGGUACCUGAUGGAGAGCGCGCAAUACCCGAAGCCGCAACAGCAGCAACAACAAGACUCGCGCUACGAGUCUUACUACGGAGCUGCAGGCCAGCAAGUGUUUCACAGGUGA